AUGGAGGCUCUCUUAUCAAUACCGAUGCUGUCCAUCUUCCUAGUUCCGGUCCUGUCAUCCUACAGCACCAGCCUGAACCUCCUCUUCUUCUACCUGACUUGGUCAACGCUGGUACUGUCGCACUCCCGACUCCGCGUGGAACUGUUCGGAACUAUUGCCGUGCGCUUCCUCUUCUAUGCACUACCGUCCAUUAUCUUCUUCCUCUUUGAUAUCCUGACCCCGUCGGCCGCGAUUCUCAUAAAGGCGCAUGGCGCUACUGGCUUGCCAGGUGGGAGGAGGCGACGUCGUAUCCACGCGAGGGAACUCAAGAUCGCUGCGUGGGGUCUGUUCAAUUUAUGCUUGGGUAUCGCUGUGCAGGGGGUAGUUGAGACGGUACUUGUCCAUACGCUCGGCAAGCGCAGUGCGCUCAAGGUAUCGAUGAAACUUCCUAUGCCAUUUGAGAUAUGUAAAGAUUUGAGUGUGGCAAUGCUGGGGCGAGAAGUAAGUUUAUUGGAAUUCCCCGACUACAUUAUUGUGUUUCUCACCUAUGUCCUUCACCGAUAUGCUCUACACUCGAGAUGGUCUCCUGUACUCGCCAGAUGGCACCGAUCUUGGUAUCAUUCGUUGCCUGCUCCGUUCCCACUGACCGCGCAUUAUGACCAUCCGGUCCCAUACCUGAUUACCAAGUUCAUCCCGACCUAUGCGCCGGCCAUUAUCUUCCGUUUUCAUAUGCUUACAUAUCUUUUGUAUCUACUGUUUAUUUCUCUCGAGGAGACCUUCGCAUACUCUGGAUAUACUGUCAUGCCGACAAAGCUAUUUUUGGGUGGGAUCGCCCGUCGUACAGAUAUGCAUUUGUUGAUGGGUGCAAGGGGGAACUUUGGCCCAUGGGGUAUUAUGGAUUGGAUUUUUGGUACCGUUCUCAGGGACUCGAGUAGCGAUGGGAAUUCGAGUGAUGAGGAUGAACAACAGGAUAUGCGGAGAGCGUAUGAGGCUUCGAAGCGAAAGGCUCAGAUUGGAUCUUCAACAAAGAACAAGCGACGAUGA